GAUGAGGUGAGGGGUUGCAAGGUUUACGGUGAUGUGUUAGAGUAGACAGAGUUACAGUCAGAGUUCAAGUUAAGUCAGAAUUUGGGUUUUGAUACUGUAAGCAAAGAGACAUAAGCAGUUAGAUUAGGUCAAAAGGCGUCUCAAAGAACAUCAAGGAUGCCACGGUCAUUUCUGGUGAGGAGGAAGCGGGAAACUGGUGAGGUAUUACCAUGGGAAGAUGAUCAAAACUCAUCCUGGAUUGAUCACAUCAGCGCAGCAGUGGCAGUAAAGGCACCUGCCGAUGUCAGCCUACAGUCAGUGCCGACACUCAGCAACGUUUCGCCUGGGCCGAUAAACACAUCCAGCAGUGCUGAUCUCGAAUCAGUAUACGCAUCCAGCAGUAAUGAAUCUGAAACGAGUCCUGAACCCUGCCACUCUCAGCAGCCUUCUCAGAGUCUCUUUCAGACAAUUUCUCCCUCGGAUCCAGGCUCAGCCAUCCGAGCCAAGGUUUCUGCCUCCAGCUCGGGAGACUUCCAGUGUCCUGUUUGCCAUAAAAUCUUCCCACUCCAGCGCAUGUUGACGAGACACCUAAAGUGCCACAGCCUUAUCAAGAGGCACCCCUGCAGAUACUGCGGCAAAGGCUUUAACGACACCUUUGACCUGAAGAGGCACAUGCGCACGCACACAGGUGACGACACCCCACACACGCAUCUUUUGCAGAGAUCUGUUGCUGCUAGGAGCCCUCCGUUUCUCACCCACACACCCCUGUGUGCAGGUAUCCGACCGUACAGGUGUGAGCUGUGUGAGAAGGCUUUCACCCAGCGCUGCUCGCUGGAGUCUCACCUGCGCAAGAUCCAUGGCGUGAGGCAGCAGUACGCGUACAGGCAACGCCGCUCCAAGAUCUUCGUGUGUGAGGACUGCGGCUUCACUUCCAGCCGACCCGACGAGUACUUUAUGCACGUGCGUCAGAGGCACCCGGAAAGUCCAGCACUGCGCAGAUACUACCGCAAGCACAUGCAGGAGACGCCCUCUCAGACCCGCAUCUCACCCUUCAUGCUCUACCCAACCACAGCAUUUUACAUGUGAUGCUCAACACACUGUUUCUCUAGACCUCUUCACCCAUUGCAUACAUAAAAACACAACCAGGCAGCUUCAUGUACUGUAGGUCCAUUAGCAUGAUUUUAUGCAAAUAUGCCAGAGAUGGCAAAAGUACACACAUUCUUCACUCAAGUAGAAGUACAGAUACUAAUGUUUUAAAAGUAUGUGGUAACUGGACCUCAUGCUCGUAACUGGACCACACGUAAUAUAUAAUACUAAAGAAUUUCUAAUUUUGUUACCUAAUGAAUGUGUCCAGUCUUAACAACCACCACAGAGAACACAAGCAGACAAAAAAUGAUGAUGAUCAGGUGAUCAGGAAUGUCUCUGUUCUCAGUCGUUUACAUCGCUGACUCCGUCUGUCUUAUCCAAGUUAACCCUGGACUUCUUGUUGCCUUGUUAUUUUCGUAAGCUUGCCUACAUUACAUCUGUGGUGCCACUAAAUGAUACACAAAUGGUCGGUUGAAAAAGCCGCGCAAUGACAAUAGAAAUAGGUUGAUGGCCUAAAAAUGGUGAACAAUGCUAGGAAAAAAUAUUUAUCAUGUCCCCAGAUAGAUUAAAACUAAAGUAAAGAGUUUCGAAAAUGUUAGAAGUAGAAAGUACAGAUAUUUGUGUAAAACAUUUUGAAGCAUAUCUGUGGGGAUUUGUGGAUUGUGAAAAAUUUAAUUCAAUUGUAAAACAGAAUUGUAUACAAUUAUGUGGUUCUAAAUGUAAGAAAGUCUUACACGUUGGUUUGAUGAUCAGGUGUCCACAAACUUUUGGCCAUAUAUAGAAGUCUGCUGCUUUAUUUUAUUAUUUGUAAAAGUUUUUCCUGUUUAAAAUCAUUUUUUUCUCAUACUUUGGAAAUGUUAUGUUGUCCAAAUCUGUACAGUUAAAAUAAUGUC